AUGUUCACAGGAUUGCGUUCGGCUGUGCGUGUGGCCCCUGCGGUGCUCCGUCUCCGCGGUGCGGUUCGCUUCGCCUCUGCUUUCCAGCGUACCAAGCCCCAUCUUAAUAUUGGUACUAUUGGCCAUGUUGAUCACGGAAAGACUACCCUGACUGCGGCCAUCACCAAGGUUCUGUCCGAGAAGGGCGGUGCCAACUUCCUGGACUACGCUUCCAUUGACAAGGCCCCCGAGGAGCGUGCUCGUGGUAUCACUAUCACCUCUGCCCACGUCGAGUACGAGACCGAUAAGCGUCACUACGCCCACGUCGACUGCCCUGGUCACGCCGACUAUAUCAAGAACAUGAUUUCCGGUGCCGCCCGUAUGGACGGUGCCAUCAUCGUUGUUGCUGCUACUGAUGGUCAGAUGCCCCAAACCCGUGAGCACUUGCUGCUUGCCCGUCAGGUCGGUAUUCAGAAGGUUGUUGUUUUCGUCAACAAGAUCGACACUAUUGACGACCCCGAGAUGCUCGAGCUUGUCGAGAUGGAGAUGCGUGAGCUGCUCUCCUCUUACGGCUUCGAUGGUGACAACACCCCCGUCAUCAUGGGCUCUGCUUUGUGUGCUUUGGAGGACCGUAACCCCGAGAUCGGUGUUGAGCGUAUCAACGCUCUGCUCGAUGCCAUCGACGAGUACAUCCCUACCCCUGAGCGUGAUCUUGAGAAGGCUUUCUUGAUGCCCAUCGAGGCCUCUUUCUCUAUUUCUGGCCGUGGUACCGUUGCUACCGGCCGCGUUGAGCGUGGUACCCUCAAGAAGGGUGAGGAGGUUGAGAUUGUUGGUUUCAACAAGGAGCCCUUGAAGUCGGUUGUUACCGGCAUCGAGAUGUUCAAGAAGGAGCUCGACCAGGCCCAGGCCGGCGACAACGCUGGUAUCCUGCUCCGUGGUAUCAAGCGUGAGGACCUCGUCCGUGGUAUGGUUUUGGCCAAGCCCGGCACCGUCAAGGCCCACACCAAGUUCCUCGCCUCUCUCUACGUUCUCUCCAAGGAGGAGGGUGGCCGUCAUUCUCCCUUCGGUGUCAACUACCGCCCCCAGAUGUUCAUCUCCGCUGCUGACGUGACUGUCACUUUGACUUUCCCCGAGGACGUCGACGUGUCUACCCAGGUCUUCCCCGGUGACAACACCGAGAUGAUCGGUGAGCUCGUUCACCCCACCGCCAUUGAGGUCGGCCAGCGUUUCAACAUCCGCGAGGGUGGCAAAACCGUUGCUACCGGUCUGAUUACUCGUAUUAUUGAGUAG